AUGAAAGUUUUCGAAGACGUGAUAGUUCGAGUCGGUUCACGCUUGUUAUGUUAUGUAGGUGGAAAGGGCCUGGCGGGGGGAAAAACUUUUUUGAGAUUGCAGCGUCAAAAAAAAAAAGUUAACCCUCGUUGUCAACAAUCAACAAUGCCCGUUGGAGACUGGCAAAAAACAAGGUUAGCUCCGAAGAUCUGGGAUGGGCCGACGCUUUUGCUUGAGAUUGGGCCUCUUCUUCUAUUAUCAAGCAAGCAAGGAAAACACGAAUUCCACGUGGGGGCAAGGCCGAUCAAGUUGGAUAUUUCGACCUGCCAACACCGUGAAUAA